UCAGUCCCAUUUCUCUCUGAAAAUGAAACAAAAAAUUAACUCAACUCUGUACAAUGGAGAGCUGUUUCCAUUUCCAAUGAAGAUAAUUUUGCCGGAGAAAAAACGGAGAAAACUGUGAGCGCCUACGAACUUGUAGAGCACCCAAACUACUCCUUUUGUUUUGGUGAUAUUGUGUUUGCGGCUCAAAAGAUAGUAGCUGUCUCACGGCUUGCUCAGACUCAAAAUCAAUCAUCCCCAUUCAGAGUUCAGAGCUUGAGCUUCAAUGGCGACGAAGAAGCAGAACGAUGGUAACACCAAGAAGGCGGGCUUUACUCACUGGUGCCCCCCAGUCCCCAACCUUCGUUCUCACCGUCGAAGAAGCCGUACGCUCGCCGUCGUUCUCACCCACAAGCAGCCGACUCGCUUUCGCCCUUCCCUAAACUCCCCUUUUCUAGCAAAACAGUUCUGGAACUGCCCUCCUUAGAUAAUGGCAAGUCAGUGACUGACUUGAGGAUGGUCCAGCUAUGCCGAGCUAGAACUUGCCACUGGUGGAUUCUCUGAGGCCAACUUCCUGGCUGAGGGGGGAUUUGGAUCCGUUCACAGAGGGGUUCUACCGGAUGGACAAGUCGUUGCUGUCAAGCAACAUAAAUUGGCUAGUUCUCAGGGUGACCUUGAGUUUUGGUCAGAGGUAGAAGUCCUGAGUUGUGCUCAGCACCGAAAUGUUGUUAUGCUGAUUGGAUUCUGUAUAGAGGAUAAGAGAAGGCUACUAGUUUACGAGUACAUAUGCCAUGGAUCAUUGGAUUCACAGUUAUAUGGGGGACAGUGAGAACCAUUAGAAUGGGCUGCACGGCAAAAAAUUACCAUUGGAGCUGCUCGUGGGUUACGAUAUCUUCAUGAAGAGUGCAGAGUGGGAUGCAUUAUCCACCGUGACAUGCGGCCUAACAACAUUCUCAUAACUCUUGAUUUUGAACCACUGGUUGGUGAUUUUGGAUUGGCGAGGUGGCAACCUGAUGGAGACACGGGUGUGGAAACCCGAGUAAUUGGAACAUUCGGGUAUUUGGCUCCUGAAUAUGCUCAAAGCGGCCAAAUAACUGAAAAAGCUGAUGUUUAUCCAUUUGGGGUGGUAUUGGUGGAGCUUGUUACAGGGAGAAAAGCUGUGGAUCUCACGCGGCCUAAGGGACAGCAGUGUCUUACUGAGUGGGCACGACCUCUGUUGGAAGAAUAUGCCAUUGAGGAACUGACUGAUCCAAGGCUGGGGAUCCAAUACUUAGAAAAUGAGGUCUCUUGCAUGUUGCAUGCUGCAUCAUUAUGCAUACGGCGAGAUCCUCAUUCUAGACCACGCAUGUCACAGGUUCUUCGUAUACUGGACGGCGACAUGGUCAUGGACACAAGUUACAUUUCAACUCCAAGUUAUGAUGUGGGAAACCGGAGUGGCCGAAUCUGGUCGGAGCCGCUGCAGAGGCCGCACCAUUACAGCGGCCCUCUGUUAGAGGAGUCACUUGAAUCAUUCAGUGGGAAGAUAUCUCUUGACAAAUACAGGCCCGCAUAUUGGGAUAGGGACAACAAAGCAAGAAGGACUUCAUGUGAAGAUGACAUUUAGAAAGGGGUUGACACUUGAUCAAAAUUGAAAAUUGCUUUUUUCUUGUUAUGCUAAAUAUGUUUAUUUUCCCUCCUAUUUUGUAAUUUCGCAUCUUUCUAUCUAUCUUUCUGCAGUGAUCUAAUUUUGCAUGUGUAUAAUAGCAGGGUGAAAGUAGGAUAGGUAAAAAAAUAUAGAAGCUUUUGAAAUUCUUCGGGGAAAAUCAUGUACACACUAUUGUGCCUAAAAGGGCCUCUUUGAGUUGAGAGAGUUUGUGGGAUCUUGAAAUGAAAUGAAAUGGAGUAGCUUCUUCUAGGUUCAAAGAUUGUUGGUUUAGUUAUCCCUUUUCACUUUCCAUGUGCGUGUCCAUGCACAUGCAUGCAUUGAGAAGCAAACAAACAUGGUUUGAUGGUUGUCAUCUGAAGUUCUGAACCAACUUGGACAGUGACACAGACAAAUCAGAGUUAGCCUUUUGCAUCUAUGAAGGGUACUAAAAUCACAGGGUAAUUAAUAAUGACACUUCACCUUUUUGAGUUUGAAUGAUAUCA